UUUGUUGUGCGCAAGCGCCAGCAUCGCUUGCUCGCUUGCCUGCGUUUCCAGAUUAAAAAAACAACAUGAAACCGUAUAGCUAGCUUGCAUAUCUGAUUAACGUUCAUUCUAAACAAAGAUAUGUAGAUUAGUUUACGCUUUUUUACACCUCAACACAGAGUUUCUAGUGAGAAAGAAACGAUAAGGACAUUGAGGGCGAUACCCAGCCGGGCUAUGCUAGCCCAGCUAGUUAGCUAAGUAACUAGUACAGCUUUGGUCAUAGUUCUGCGCUGAAUUUGAUGAUAAUGCAUGUGUAGCUGGCUGCAGCCCGACUGACUUAAGUCCACUGAUCUAUCUAUAAGUGACCGAAAGCCAAGCAACUGAGUGUCAGGAUGUCGGAUUCAGACAGCGAUGAAGACCAAGACCGUCCCUUCUCUCUCGCUGGCUUCCUCUUUGGGAAUAUCAACGAAGAUGGGCAGUUGGAGGGUGACAGCGUGCUGGACACGGAGUGUAAGAAGCACCUGGCCGGCCUGGGCUCCCUCGGCCUGGGGACGCUCAUCACAGAGAUCACGGCCAGCGAAGACGACGACCCCGACGAGGACAGGGACACCGGGGGCACAGAUGCCGAGGGCUGGGUGAAGAGCACCGAAGACGCGGUGGAUUACUCCGACAUCAGCGAGGUGGCCGAGGACGAGACCAAGAAGUACCGUCACGCUAUGGGGACCCUCCAGCCCACCAGGAGGACAGAUGAUGAGGAUGACUACGAUGCCGACUGUGAAGACAUCGACGCCAAGCUGAUGCCCCCCCCUCCUCCACCUAUCGUCCCCACCCAGGGCAAGAAAGAGGAAUCGGCCCCACAGACGGCCAGUGUUGGUGAUGAAGGAGAUGGAAUCAUCCUGCCCUCCAUCAUCGCCCCCUCCUCCCUGGGAGACAAGGUGGACUUCAGCAGCUCCUCAGACUCUGAGUCCGAGACGGACCGCCCCGGCCCGGGCUCCGGAGCUGGGGGCCCCCCGGGCUGCCUCACCCUGCCCCUGGCUGGCAUCAUGCAGAAGGACGCCGCCAAAGCUCUCCCGGGGGUCACGGAGCUCUUCCCAGUGUUCAGACCCGGAAGAGUUCUGCGAUUCCUCCGUCUGUUUGGCCCCGGGAAGAACAUGCCGUCGGUGUGGAGGAGCGCCCGGAGGAAGCGGAGGAGGAAGCAUCGCGACCCCCAGCCUGGGACGCCGCCCCCGGAGGGGGAGCCCAUGGACCAGGGCUCCGAGCUGAAGUCUGGCUGGGAGUACGAAUACGCCUCCGCUCCACCCCCAGAGCAGUGUCUCUCGGAUGACGAGAUCACCAUGAUGGCCCCGGUCGAGUCCAAGUUCUCCCAGGCCUCGGGGGACGGCGACAAGGUGGCCGAGUCGCGUCCCAAGGUGGCCGAGUGGCGCUACGGGCCGGCCCAGCUGUGGUACGACAUGCUGGGGGUGCCCGAGGACGGCAGCGGCUUCCAGUACGGCUUCAGACUGAAGGAGGAGAACGACGACGAGAAGGAGGAGGAGCCCGAACCGGCGCCGCAACCUCCCGCGGAGGAGAUGACGGGCGAGGAGAGCCAGGAGAAAGAGACUCUGGAGAACGAGCUCUUCCUCAUGGUCACCCAGCUUCAGUGGGAGGACGACAUCAUCUGGAACGGCGAGGACGUGAAACACAAAGGCACUAAGACCCAGCGAGCCAGCCUGGCCGGGUGGCUGCCCUCGAGCAUGACGCGCAACGCCAACGCCUACAACGCGCAGCAGGGUCUUAGCAGAAGUAACUCCCAGCUGGUGCCUCCCACCCCUCCACCCAUGCCCAAACCCCCCUCGCUCUCCGGGUCCAAGCGGGACAAACACAACCAUGACCACCAAGCCUCCCACGAGGACGACGCCCCCUGGUUCUCCAUCUUCCCCAUCGACAACGAGGAGCUGGUGUACGGGCGCUGGGAGGACAACAUCAUCUGGGACGACCAGGCCAUGGACCGCUUGCUGUCCCCCCCGGUCCUCACCCUGGACCCCAACGACGAGAACAUCAUCUUAGAGAUCCCAGAUGAGAAGGAGGAGAGGACGUCCCAUUCUCCGUCCAAGGAGAACAAGAAGGAGUCGGCCCUGAAGAAGAGUCGCAUCCUGCUGGGGAAGACCGGGGUGAUCAAAGACGAGCCCCAGCAGAACAUGUCCCAGCCGGAGGUGAAGGACCAGUGGAACCUUUCCAACGACGAGUUCUACUACCCCAAGCAGCAGGGCCUGAGGGGAACGUUUGGGGGCAACAUCAUUCAGCACUCCAUCCCGGCCGUGGAGCUCAGACAGCCGUUCUUCCCCACCCACAUGGGCCCCAUGAAGCUCCGUCAGUUCCACCGGCCCUCCCUGAAGAAGUACUCGUUCGGCACCCUGUCCCAGCCAGGCCCCCACGCCUCCCAGCCUCUGCUCAAACAGAUCAAGAAGAAGGCCAAGAUGCGAGAGCAGGAGCGCCAGGCUUCGGGCGGCGGCGACAUGUUCUUCAUGCGCACCGCCCAGGACCUGACGGGGAAAGACGGCGACCUGAUCCUGGCGGAGUACAGCGAGGAAUACCCCCCGCUCAUCAUGCAAGUCGGCAUGGCAACCAAGAUCAAGAACUACUACAAAAGAAAACCAGGGAAGGAUCCUGGAGCUCCAGACUGCAAGUACGGAGAGACGGUUUACUGCCACACCUCGCCCUUCCUGGGAUCCCUCCACCCUGGGCAGCUCCUACCGGCUUUCGAGAACAACCUGUUCCGCGCGCCCAUCUACCUCCACAAGAUGCCCGAGACGGACUUCCUGGUGCUGCGUACGCGGCAAGGCUACUUCGUCCGUGAGCUGGUAGAUAUCUUCGUUGUCGGCCAGGAGUGUCCUCUCUACGAGGUCCCCGGGCCCAACUCCAAACGGGCCAACACCCACAUCCGAGACUUCCUACAGGUGUUCAUCUAUCGGUUGUUCUGGAAGAGCAAAGACCGGCCGCGGAGGAUUCGCAUGGAGGACAUCAAGAAGGCCUUCCCUUCCCAUUCGGAGAGCAGCAUCCGCAAACGCCUCAAACUCUGCGCCGACUUCAAGCGGACAGGGAUGGACUCCAACUGGUGGGUGCUGAAGCCUGACUUCAGGCUGCCCACGGAGGAGGAGAUCCGGGCCAUGGUUUCCCCCGAGCAGUGCUGCGCCUACUACAGCAUGCUGGUGGCCGAGCAGAGACUCAAGGAUGCCGGCUAUGGGGAAAAGUCUUUCUUUGCCCCCGAGGAGGAAAACGAAGAAGACUUCCAGAUGAAGAUUGACGACGAGGUCCGCACGGCGCCCUGGAACACGACGCGAGCCUUCAUCGCCGCCAUGAAGGGGAAGUGCCUGCUGGAGGUGACGGGGGUGGCUGACCCCACCGGCUGUGGAGAGGGCUUCUCCUACGUCAAAGUCCCAAACAAGCCCACUCAGCAGAAGGACGACCGAGAGCCGCAGCCCGCCAAGAAGACGGUCACGGGCACCGACGCCGACCUGCGGCGGCUGUCGCUCAAGAACGCCAAGCAGCUGCUGCGCAAGUUCGGCGUCCCCGAGGAAGAGAUCAAGAAGCUCUCGCGGUGGGAAGUGAUCGACGUGGUGAGGACCAUGUCCACGGAGCAGGCGCGCUCCGGCGAGGGGCCCAUGAGCAAGUUCGCCCGGGGCUCCCGCUUCUCCGUGGCCGAACACCAGGAGCGCUACAAAGAGGAGUGCCAGAGGAUCUUCGACCUGCAGAACAAGGUGUUGGAGUCCACCGAGGUCCUGUCCACCGACACGGACAGCAGCUCGGCGGAGGACAGCGACUUUGAGGAGAUGGGGAAGAACAUCGAGAACAUGCUGCAGAACAAGAAGACCAGCUCGCAGCUGUCCCGCGAGAGGGAGGAGCAGGAGCGGAAGGAGCUGCAGAGGAUGCUGAUGGGCGAGGAGAGCGACCGCGACCACAAGGGGCGCAAGGAGCGCCGCAAGGGCUUCUCCAGCGCCUUGUCCACCAGCUCCCACAAAGACGACGACACGUCCUCGGUUACCAGCCUGAACUCGUCGGCUACGGGGCGCCGCCUCAAGAUCUACCGCACGUUCCGGGACGAGGACGGCAAGGAGUACGUCCGCUGCGAGACGGUGCGCAAGCCCUCCGUCAUUGACGCCUACACACGCAUCCGCACCACCAAGGACGACGACUUCAUAAGGAAGUUUGCGCUGUUCGACGAGCAGCACCGGGAGGAGAUGAGGAAAGAGCGGCGGCGCAUCCAGGAGCAGCUCCGGAGGCUGAAGAGGAACCAGGAGAAGGACAAGUUCAAGGGUCCUCCGGAGAAGAAGGCCAAGAAGGUCAAGGAGAGGCCUGACCUCAAGCUGAAGUGCGGAGCGUGCGGCGCCAUCGGACACAUGCGCACCAACAAGUUCUGCCCGCUGUACUACCAGACCAACGCGCCGCCCUCCAACCCCGUCGCCAUGACGGAAGAGCAGGAGGAGGAGCUGGAGAAGACGGUGAUCCACAACGACAACGAGGAGCUCAUCAAGGUGGAGGGCACCAAGAUCGUCCUGGGCAAGCAGCUCAUCGAGAGUGCCGACGAGGUGCGCAGGAAGUCUCUGGUGCUCAAGUUCCCCAAACAGCAGCUGCCUCCCAAGAAGAAGAGGCGUGUUGGAUCGGCCGUGCACUGUGACUACCUGAACAGGCCGCACAAGUCCAUCCACCGGAGACGCACCGACCCCAUGGUGACCCUGUCCUCGGUCCUGGAGAGCGUCAUCAACGACAUGAGGGAUCACCCCAAUACCUAUCCCUUCCACACCCCGGUCAACGCCAAGGUGGUCAAGGACUACUACAAGAUCAUCACGCGGCCCAUGGACCUGCAGACCCUGAGGGAGAACGUGCGCAAGCGCAUGUACCCGUCCCGGGACGAGUUCCGCGAGAACGUGGAGGUCAUCGUCAAGAACAGCGGCACCUACAACGGGGCGAAGCAUCCAAUCACCCAGGUGGCUCAGUCCAUGCUGGACCUCUGUGAUAUGAAGCUGAAAGAGAAAGAAGACAGGCUGGUGAGACUGGAGAAGGCCAUCAACCCACUGCUGGACGAUGACGACCAGGUGGCCUUCUCAUUCAUCCUGGACAACAUCGUCACUCAGAAGAUGAUGGCCGUGCCUGACUCAUGGCCGUUCCACCAUCCCGUCAACAAGAAGUUUGUCCCAGAUUAUUACAAAGUGAUCGUCAGCCCCAUGGAUCUGGAGAACCUCCGCAAGAACAUCUCCAAACACAAGUACCAGAACCGGGACGUGUUCCUGUUCGACGUCACUCUCGUCCACACCAACAGCGUCAAGUACAACGGUCCAGACAGCCCUUACACCAAAACGGCCCUUGACAUCGUCAACGUGUGCAAGCAGACCCUGGCGGAGUACGACGAGCACCUCACCCAGCUGGAGAAGGACAUCUCCACGGCUAAAGAGGCGGCCCUGGACGCGGCCGACCUGGACGGGCUGGAUCCCCUCACCCCGGGACCCUACACACCCCAGCCGUCUGAUCUGUUUGACAGCGUGGGCUCAGGGGGCCUGCAGAGAGACGCGGGCCUGUUCUCUGAGGGACCUCUCCUGGCCGCUCCAGAGAAGAGAGGAGGGCAGGGUCGCCACGGCAGGAGGCUAGGGGAGGAGGAGUCUGACGUCGACAUCGAAGGCUUUGAGGAGGACGAUGACGGCAAGCCCAAGACCCCCGCUCCUGCGGAGGACGGCGAAGGCGACCUGGACGACGACGAGGACGACGAGGAGAUGCUGCUGCCGCCCCGCCGGCGCCUGCUGGGCCACGAGGACGAGGAGGAGGACGAGGAGGAGGAGGGCGAGGGGGAGGGAGGCUUCAGCCGGGGCCAGCCCCAGGCCAGUGUGCUCUACCAGGACCUGCUCAUGUCCGACGGGGAGGACGACGCCAGCGAGGAAGAGGGGGACAACCCGUUCUCCUCAAUCCACCUGUCGGAGAGCGGCAGCGACUCAGACCGGGAGGUGGAGCUGCGGCCCCCGGCUCCGCCCAGGCCCCACCCGGAGACGGCCCGCAUGGACCUGGAGCAGGAGGAGAGCAUGAUGUCCUACGAGGGGGAGGAGGGGCCCGACCACCCGCACAUGGAGGACAGCAACGUCAGCUAUGGGAGCUAUGAGGAGACUGACGGCCAGGCUCCAACGCAGGCCCCGGGCAUGGGCAACGGCGAGGGCUAUGGCAUCAGCGAGGAGGAGGAGGAGGAGGAGGAGGAAGACGCUCAGAGGAGGGGCCCCAGCGUGCUGACCCAGGCCCAGCUGAGCGAAGACGACGAGGACAGCGAAGAGUUUCGAUCCAUCGGGGGGGACAGCGACGUCGAGUCUGACAACUAGUAAAACCUUUGGACCCCCAACUCUUCUCGCUCUCUUUCAAUCCCUUUCUUGUGACAAUUUAAAAGCAAACAUAGUAUGUCUGUCUUCACCAUUCAUGCAUUGCUGGCCUUGAGAAAGCUUCUUUUUGUACAAAGAAUGUUUGAAUUCCAUACUUGAUGCUUUUAAUCAAUGUCUUCUAAAUGGUACAUUCUUUUCAAUGUACCAAAACAUGUGUGUGUAUAUAGACUUGUUUUUCGUUUUUUUUUACGCUCAUGUAAGUUGCUAACGUUGCAGUGCAUUUUGUUGUUGAUAUUGAACUUGUACAAUCUCAAAUGAAGCUUUCGAAGCAAGUUGGAUAGUUUGAUCUCAUUCUUGCAAUUGUACAGCUGUCAAGGUUUUUUUUCAGUUUGGUGCUUCGCUGAGGUGAAUAAAUGCUGACAUGAAGCCUU